GUGUUGUGUUGCCAAUAUGUCAACGUCUUUUAAAAAUUUGUGUAUAAUGUAUUGUUAUGUAUGAGUACUCUGAGUACAUGUUUUGUGGUGAAAAACAAACAGCAGAAGCGAAAUUUUAGAAAAAAUGGAUAAACUAAAGGCUAUUUUUCCUGUAGUAACCGACAAUUAUACGUUGUGCGACAUGCCAGCUAGCGAAAUAGAAGAAGAUGAAUUUAAUGCAAUGGUCGAAUUUACGGAAACAGCCAAUAUUGUAGUACCUAUUCAAAACAUGAUAGUAAAUAGGACCGAGGAUAUACUAAGAGAUAAAAUAGUGCCACAAUUUUGGUCAUUCUUCAAAAAGAACGAUUUCAGCCGGACAGGUUUUCAAAAGUUUUACAAUGCUGUAAAGUAUCUCCAUGAUUCUUAUACAUCAUUCUACCAUAUUUAUGACCGAUUGUUGCUCUUUAGGAAACGCACAAAUCUCAAAAAACCUAUUUAUGAGCAUACUUGUCCUCAUUCUGCGCUAAGAUUGAUUUUAAGGGCAAUAUUAUUCUCAUAUUACUAUUUAGAACAUGAUAACAUUAUCAAAGAAUUUUAUGAGGCUGCACUGAAAAUGGAAGAUUCAGAAGGUGAUCACCAUUGUAUUAUUCUUGAGGAUAACAUGGAUUGCAACUGCUUGCAUUCAUUUAAUGAAACCAACAGAAAACUUGGUGAGAUGCAUUUGUUGGAACCUUUAGUAGGUCAAGAUCUAACUGAUGUUAUAUAUAAUUAUACUCAUUCACACAUCCAGAAAAUUUGUAAAGACAGCUUUGAUACUAAUUAUAUAUGGACUUUGGAGAAGUGGCUAAAAAAUGUAGUGCUGAAUUGGUUGGGCAAGAUAUACUGCCAUGACACUUCACCUGGUGAUGAUCCUAUGCUUAUGUUCAACAACAAAUUGACCAACUUUCUCUACAACAGUUACACUAAAAUUAGGAUCGAUCAACUAUUCAAUAUCAUAAUUGAAUAUCCAGAGUCUCUCCCUGCCCUAAGUGAUCUGAGAGAUGCCCUCCCAAAGACAGACCUUAAGCCCUUAUUGACAGAAACACUACAGAAAGCUAUGGAAACUCGUCUCUUGCAUCCAGGAGUGAGUACACCUGAUAUCUUGACUGCUUAUGUUGCUGCCAUAAGAUCUCUCAAAGUAUUGGAUUCUACUGGUUUAUUAUUGGAGACAGUAACACAGCCAGUACAUCAGUACCUGAGGAGUAGAGAAGACACUGUCAGGUGUGUUGUUAGUAGUUUGACGGAAGAAGGACCAAACGACUUGGCGUAUGAAUUAGUAAAUGGUGAAGCUGUGCGAAUAGAUGAAAAUACACCAACAGACGAUGAUGACGAGAACUGGGAGUGCUGGAUACCUGAUCCUAUUGACUCUGCUCCAAGCAAGUCUUGUGCUAUUCGCAAGACAUCAGAUAUUAUAUCAAUGUUGGUGAAUGUCUAUGGUAGCAAAGAAUUAUUUGUGAAUGAAUAUAGAACUCUGCUAGCAGACAGAUUAUUAUCACAGUAUAACUGUGAUACAGAAAAGGAGAUAAUGUAUUUAGAAUUACUAAAACUAAGGUUCGGAGAAUCUCAGCUACAUUAUUGUGAGGUAAUGCUCAAGGAUAUAGCAAAUUCAAAACGGAUAAACCAGUAUAUAAAACAAGACGCUGAGUAUAGAGAAUCAGACAUUCCACUGAAUGCUAUGAUCGUUUCUGCUCAAUUUUGGCCUCCAUUCAAAGAAGAGAAACUAGAACUCCAUAAUGAAGUAACUGAGCAAAUAAAGAAAUACACAGAAGCGUUUGAAACACUGAAAGGCAGUAGAACACUAUGUUGGAAAAACCAUCUAGGCGUUGUGGACAUAGAGAUUGAGUUGGCUGGCAGAACUACCAGUUAUUCAGUCACACCUGUUCAGGCUACUGUGGCGAUGUAUUUCCAAGAUAAAGGUACUUGGGAACUAGAAGAAUUGAGUAAAGUGAUGCAAUGUCCUCCAACUAUUCUUAGAAGAAAAAUAGGUUUUUGGCAGUCACAUGGUAUUAUAGCAGAAACUUCUUCAGAUGUUUUCUCUAUACAAGAAGACCAAGAAAAUAAAGAUGUCAAUGUACAAGAAGAUAUAUUUGUCGAGGAUUAUGAAGCAGAAAGUGCGAUGGCGAGUGCUCGAGACCAAAGGGAAGAGGAGCUGCACACUUUCUGGUCCUACAUAGUUGGAAUGCUGAUGAACUUGGAUACUUUACCUCUAGAAAGGAUACACCAGAUGCUGAAGAUGUUCGCUUUUCAAGGACCCACGAUAGAAUGUAGCAUCCAAGAGUUGAAGGUAUUUCUUGACAGGAAAGUGAGGGAGCAUCAUUUGAUUUACUCAAAUGGCUACUACAAGUUACCAAAGUAAUAUUUUCUUGUUAGAUCAGUGUUUUGGAAAAUAAAAAAUAUAGUUUCUGUCUGAA